AUGGCAGUACAUCUUUCCAGUGAAGACACUGUCCUUACAGAACGAUUAGUGUCACUUUUGGACACUGAAGCAAUAACUGGCUUACAAGCAUAUGUGACGGAUGAGGACGAUGAAGAAGAAGAAGAACAUGAUGAGGAUGAAGACUGCAGUGAUGUUGAAUCUGAAGAUGAGAAUUAUCCUUCUACUUUCAAUAGCGAGUCACAACUUAAUCCUCAAGAAGAUAGAGAUAUUAUGAGUAAUUCAAUACAAUCAUUUCAUGAGUAUGAACUAAACCAAUCAGAAUCACUUACAUUUUUGUACAAUUUAUUAUAUGAUAAUGCAUCCCAAUUAUCAAAAUCUGAUAUCUUGGUGAUUUUGAAUGCGUUAAAAGUACGAGAGGAUUCGUUACCAUUUAGUAUAGAUACCUUGGAAUACAAUGAUGUACAGGGUGUUCGAUGGCCCAGAGAAUUAAGGCGAAAGUUUUAUAAUGAUAGACUUCGAGUAGGGAAGGAUAAUUAUUUUCAUAAUAUCCCAGAUUCUCGAGAGAAGGCAUUAAAAAGUGUGGAUGUUUUAGGAUAUCAAAUCAAGACUGAUUUCUUUAAGUUCCAUAAGUUCUUUAGUAAACUCAAACUCCAUAUAACUCAUUUACAAUUAAGAAAUCUAGUAUGUUGUGGGCCAAAUAUAGGCAAUGGUAUUUUCUACCCACUGAGUUAUUACCAUGAUUCCCACUUAAGAACCGUAAAUGUUCUCGAUGACGCGGAUGAAGAAUAUCAUGCAUUUUUCAAAAUCAAUCGAUUAAUGAAUGACAAGACAGGUUGUGAAAAAUCUGAUUCCAUGAAGUUAGAUUGUUUGAUAGAUUCAAGAACUUUAAUUAAGAAUUCCAAUAGUAGAAUAUCGACUUUAGCUUGUUCAAAUAAUUACUUAGCAAGUGGUACAUUUGAAGGAGGAUAUAUACUAUCGGACAUAUCAGACCCAGAUAAUGUAAAAACCCUCGGAGAAUAUCAUCUUACAAAUAAUAUUGAUGGUAUCACGAAUCAGAUUAUAGUAAAUGAAAAAGAUAAUGAAUUAAUAAUAUCCUCAAAUGAUAAGAGCCUAAGGCUAAUUGACUUGAACACCCAUAAGACCACCAGUCUAAAUACAUUACCAUUCCCAUUGAAUUAUACUGCAAUCAAUCCUCAUAAUUCAAAUGAAAUAUUUGUUACUGGAGAUUGCAUAAAUUCAUUUAUACUAGACAAACGAAUAAAAUUUGAUGAUUCCGGGAACAAAGUACAAUUUGAAUGUCAUGAUGAUUUUGGAUUUGGGUGUGAUUGGUCACCACGAGAUGAAAACAUAUUGUUGACGGGUAAUCAAGAUAGUUGUGUUAAAUUAUGGGAUAGAAGGAACCCCAAAAAGGCAUUAUAUGCCUGGAGUGGGACAUUGGGAUUUUCAGAUAGUGCAUACGGAGGACCCGUUAGAAAUUGUAAAUUUAGUUAUCAUGGAAAUUAUAUUGCAUGGGCAGAGAGUUUGGAUCAUGUGGGAAUUAUACAAAUGGAUGAUUUAUUUAAUACUAGAGAUGAUGGAAUUUUAUCAAGAGUUCAAUCAAUAGAUUUUAUUGGGAAAUGUGCUGGAUUGAAUUUUGCACCUAUUGAACAGGGUUACGGAGAGCAAUUAAUUAUUGGAGUAAUUGACUGUCCGUUGGGAGGUAUCUUAAGCUAUAAACUACCAAGCAGUCAUAAAUCAUUGGAUUUUGACUUCUACUUUUAG